UCUUACUCCAUUUCUCCUUAUAAUCAUAACUCACGGUGGAAGCUAAGAGUACUAUGGAGAUGAACCAAACAUCACUUGAGAAAGUGUGGGAAUACAACAUAGUUGAAGAAAUACAAGAUGAAGAAGAGAAAGAGGAUGAUGGUGUAGAAAAAGAUGAGAAAAAGAAAGGUGUUUGUGUGAGUGGGAGAAAAGGGCCUAGUAAAGGAGGAAGAUUUUCUCCACCUUCCUGUCAAGCAGAAACUUGUCAAGCUGAUUUAACUUUUGCAAAGAGGUACCAUCGUCGGCAUAAGGUUUGUGAGGUUCAUUCCAAGGCACCUGCUGUGGUGGUUGCUGGACUGAGCCAGAGGUUUUGCCAGCAAUGUAGCAGGUUCCAUGAGCUUGCGGAGUUUGAUGAAGCGAAAAGAAGUUGCCGUAGACGCUUAGCGAAACACAAUGAACGACGUCGUAAAAGCACUGCCCGAACUUGCAAUGAAGGAAGCAAUACUGGUCAGCAACAUGAUGCUGGUGACUGGAGAAAUAUUCAUAUGAACAUUACAGGGAGUUCUGGCCACGAGUAUUUGAAUUUCAGAUGAAUAUUCAUAUUUUCAAUAUGCUUACACUCUUCUGUCAUUGAUUUCUUGCAUGCCAAGGCAUGUAAGGAAGACCUUUUUUAUUCCUUUUUUACGUAUGUAUGUUUCCGUGUGGCUUUUGAAGGAUUUAAAUUAAAUUCAUAGAUAAACUUAUAACAUAUUUUUAUAAUAGGAAUAAGAUUAGAUCAUGAGCGGAAGAGGACUAUACUUAUUGUCUGUGGUAAUAAUUUAAUGGAACAAUACUGAAAUAGUUAAACAAGACAAAGACCUUUUAUUGAACUUAACCGAAGGAUUUAACCUAUUACGAUUUAUUCCCAAUUAAAAUUCAUUAAACAAUUUAUUUAAUAUUUAGUGACAUUUAAUCAAAAUAUAAUUUAUUAAUAAUUGAUUAUGUCUAUCUAUAAUUUAUCAGCUAAAUAAUUAAAUCAACAAUCUCCGACUUGGUGGACAAUAAUUCAUU